CUCUAUAAAGCUUCUGACUGUGACUGCCAUUCAUUCAUAAUAUUAUGUUCUUACAAUUUACAUUUCCGAAAUAUGUACAAAUCUAAACUCCAUUCAUUUUUGGUUGGUUGACGGUUCGCUCCAGUUUGCUGUUGCUAGGCAAGAAGAAUGGGGGACGUAAGAAUAUCUCGAUGGUACUUUGGAGGCCUUGCCUCCGCUGGUGCAGCAUGUGUAACCCAUCCCUUGGAUUUAUUGAAAGUACAAAUGCAGACCCAAAAAGGAAGAAACGUCUCUAUGUUUAAACUCACCCAAAUAGUUUUGAAAAAUCAAGGUAUAAUGGGAUUGUAUAAUGGAAUAUCAGCAUCUCUUUUACGUCAGCUUACAUAUUCAACAGCAAGGUUUGGUAUAUAUGAAGUUGCAAAACAAACUUUGGCACCUAAGGAUGGUAUGCCUAUGCCUUUCUAUAUGUCGGCUUUAUUAGCUGGUCUUGGCGGUUUUGCUGGUGGGUUUGUUGGUAAUCCAGCAGAUUUAGUCAAUGUCAGGAUGCAAAAUGAUGUGAAGCUUCCCCCAGACCAAAGAAGAAAUUACAAAAAUGCAAUUCAUGGUUUGUAUCGAGUUGCGGUACAAGAAGGAAUCAUGCGUUUAUGGGCUGGUGCUUCAAUGACUUGCAGCCGAGCCGCAUUGAUGACUAUAGGACAACUCUCUUUCUAUGAUUUAAUAAAGAGCUUACUCACCACCACACCAUACUUUGGUGAUAAUAUUUCAACACAUGUUACUUCGAGUUUAUUAGCUGGCGCGAUAGCAACAACCAUGACUCAACCAGUAGAUGUACUUAAGACUAGAGCAAUGAAUGCCAAGCCAGGUGAAAUCAAAGGCAUACUAAGUUUAAUAAUAGGAACGGCCAGAGAAGGGCCUCUCGCAUUCUUCAAAGGAUACAUUCCAGCAUUUGUGAGAUUAGCACCGCACACUAUACUGACAUUUGUUUUCCUCGAACAACUUAGAAUUAACUUUGGAUUUCUCAAAGUACAAAAAGUAGAAUAGAGGCCAAAUAACUUUUCAAAAAAAAUAUUAACUAUUAGAAUUCAGAAUUAUAGAAAAUGUAUAAAUAAUAAAUAGAUACUUUUAACAGUAUCCCCAGUUUUGAAAUUAUUAUAUUGAAUGUUGUAUGGCCUAAUUUGUGUUCAAUGUCAUGUUCCUAAUAGGGGAAUUCAAAGUUUUCCGUCUAGUUUAAUGUAGUGUUUACACUUGACAAUAUUUUAUGCCAACUUUUAUUAUUUAUUUUUACACUUUUGACGAAAUAUAAAAUAGAUUUGACUUGUACUUUAUACAAGCUGUUCCAAUAAUUCAAACAGUUUAUCUGUUGAAUGUUUUAUCUAUACUUAUGAAUGAUUGUCUCUAAAAAUCAAUCCAGAUUAUUAUCCUAUUUAUUGUCUAAUUAUUCAUAAAAUAGGUAAAAUAUAGCACAUAUAUUUAUAACACUAGAGUUUCUAGUUAAAGCUAAAGGUAUUGAAUAGUAAUUAAGUUACCAGUGAAUAAUUUCAUCUUGUGAUCUGGAUGCUGUGGUGAUAAUUUAUUAUUUUAUUAUUAUUCGUCUCCAAGACGUAGGGUACAUUGUAUCAUGUUGACUGUGUCUAUAAUUUAUAUUUUUACAUUACUUGCAAUGGCACAAAUAUUUAUUCGCAUAUAAUUUAAGUUUAAGCUUGAUUUAGUUGCAUUUAAUCUUACAGUAAGCUUUCAAUUAGUCUCGAGUUUUGCAUAGAUUUGGUGUUUUACAUUAUUUACUUUAAAUAGUAAAUUCUAAAACUCAAGUUUGCUUACGAACUAACAAUAUGUGGUAAUAAUAAUUACUUGCAAUUCCAUACUACCAUUAAAAAACUAACUAUGUUUAAUUAUUUUUUAUUUUGCUUCAAUGCUUUUUGUUAUUUUAAUGCAUUUUACUCUGUGCCAAAUAGACGUCACUUGUUUAUAGAUGUCAUAUUUUUUGAUGCUUUUAAAUCGGUCAACCAACAUUCCUUAGGAAAUUUUAUUUAAAAUAGUAAUUUUAAGUAAGUGGCCUAUGAAAUAACUAAAUAAGUUUCUGGAUUUUGUGAUGUCUCCAUUUACCAUUGUUAUAAUCAUAUAUUUAUUGUUGUAAGUUUCAAAUCUUUAAUAAAUGUCUUCAGCACAAAUUUAUCACUGUAUCUUCCAAGAGUAUACUUAUUUUCUAGAAAUUAAUCUUUAGAUGCAUUUUAACCAAUGUUUAUUCAUCUAUGUCUAUAGUAAUGAAUUCACGAAUAUGUGUAGAAAAAUAUUUUAUUAUGUGGUUGUGUAUUAAAAAUUGUUACAUAA